AUGCUCGCCAGUCGUCUCGCAGCUCGGUCUGCCCGCGUGGCAGCUCCGCGCAUGUCCAUCGCCGCCACGAGAGGAUACGCCGAGCCCGCGAAAGCCUCCGCAAACACCAAACCUCCUGUCGCAGUCUUCGGCCUUGAUGGCACCUAUGCCAACGCUCUGUACACCGCCGCCGCCAAGCAGGGAGCUCUAGACAAUGUCUCCAAAGCCCUCGACAACAUGGCCAACACCUUCAAGCGCGACACCCGCCUCCAAUCCAUCCUCUCCGCCCCCACCCUCUCCGCCGCCGACAAGAAAUCCAUCAUCGGCGAACUGCAAAAGAGCACGAAUGUGCAGGACAAGACACAGACACUGCAGCACUUCCUUGAGACCCUCGCCGAGAACAACCGCUUGGGAUUGCUGGACGGCGUGUGUGAGAAGUUCGGCACGCUGAUGAGUGCAUCGAGGGGUGAAGUCGAGAUGACCAUCACCAGUGCGGCGCCAUUGGAUCAGAGGGUCGUGAAGCAAUUGGAGACUGCGGUUAGUAAGAGCCAGUACGUUGGUUCGGGCAAGAAGUUGAGGGUGGUGCCUAAGGUCAACCCAGAUAUCCGUGGCGGCCUCGUGGUCGAGAUCGGCGACCGUACUAUCGACUUGAGCGUUUCGGCCAAGAUGGCGCGCAUGAACAAGCUCCUUUCGGAUACUCUGUAA